AUGAACUACAGAACAUAGGAUGCAGUGAAUUUUCAAUCUGCAACAUAUCAAACAGAAAACAAGGAUCUGUGGGAAAUAGAGACAGUUUUAUUUAAAAUCACCAACACAGGAGAUGGCGGUAUGCACCUAAAAGGCCGGUAUGCGACCCGCCAAUAAAGCCAUAGAAGAAGAUCUUCUUCCACUCUUCCGGUGCGGCAGAAAAAGAUGUCGGCGCCCUUACGAAUGUCAUGUUGUUGACUGUCUCCGGACAAUCGUGUUUGUUUAAGCGUUAUUACAUACACGUUAAGCUUAUUUUGAAUAAUAUUACAGGCGUAUCUACAUGAAGUUACCGGAUUUAUAAGCAGAGUAUCUGUCAGUCAUGGUCCAUUUAUCUUCUUUCCUGCUCACAAAAUAUCAUGGUGGGCAUAUUGUCAUCAGGCUGGCACUAGGAGGUGCCACUAACAGACCCUUCUACCGCAUUGUGGCUGCUUACAAUAAACGGGCAAGAGACAGCAAAUAUAUUGAGCAGCUGGGCUCAUAUGACCCUCUCCCAAACAUACACAAUGAAAAACUUGUCGCCUUCAAUUACGAAAGAAUCAAGUACUGGAUUGCAUGUGGGGCUCAUACGACAAAACCAGUGGCCACACUUCUAGGAUUGGCUGGAUUUUUCCCGCUGCAUCCAAUGACAAUAACAGAAGCGGAGCGGAGACAGAAAGCAGCUUUGACAGAAGAAGUUAAAAGGGAAAGUCAAGAACAAGUUGAGCAGAAGGAGGCACUGUAAAUGCAAAAUAAAGUGUUCAUGAUUUCUAUGCAUCUCAGUAGUGGUAAUGUGACAUUGUACUUCUGUAUUACACUGAGAUAUGUUUUUGGUAAUAUUAUAAGAGUGUUUUUACAAUAAGCUUCAGCACAGGUUGAAACUCCAGACAUUCAGACACUGCUUGAUUAAAAUUUCCUUAUUACCCAAUACAAUAGAGCACAGUUUAAAAGAUGAAUAAGGGGAUGUAGACACUGAAAAUGAAUUCUAUAAUCAUUAAUCUGUUGUAAACACACUUUAUCUGGGUCUAUUUGUCACUGGGAACCAGUGAUCGGCUAACAAAAGAAAUUAAUAAAUGUUCUUGCUUGAGUAACCUACACUGAGAGUUGAAAUGAACAGUCUUCCGUGUUUAAUUUUAGGUCAUGUGAUCAGAACCUAUAAAUGUCACACAAUUGUGUAACUCCUUUACAGCAAGCAACAUACUGAUGUAUCUAACUGUAUACACCCAUGUACUGGUAUUAAAUAAAUAUAAUAUUCAUCAGAGGGCUCAAACACUUUCUGAGGUCAGCUUGUGAAAUAUAUAGGUAAUAAAUAUGCAGGUAAUUAUGAGCCAUGCAAAUGCUUUAUAGAUGUUUAUGGAUGCUCAUUCCUUUGAUUGAUCAUUUUUUUAUUUUUAAAUUACAUAUAUGUGAAUUAGAACAUGCUGUUCGGACUAUGAAGUUUCAAUUCAAUGUAAAUGUAGUUAAUCUGCUACACAAGUAUUUUAAAAUCUUAUGAGGGUUGGAAAAGUUAAGUAAAGCCUAAUUAAAUGUAUCAGUGGCGUGUCUGGAGGUUUUAUGGAUGGGCUGUGCAUUCUGAUUAAAAUAGUGUUUUCUUGUAAAA